UGCAAAUCAGACUAUAAUUUUUUUGAGCAAGGCUAAAACAUAAUUUGAUCUUGGAGACAUCUCCAAACCACGCUGGUUCUCCCUUGUAGAUCUCACAAUGACAAACCCUUGUAAGAUGUCUUAUUCCAGAAGCUAUUCACUAAAUGUUUAUAAGGGCUAGGCAGACAGAAUGUGUUAAGUGUGACCAGGUGUAACAGGGAAUGGCAUGGCAUGUGGCAAGUUGAGAUUAGCAUUCCUGCUUUCUACAAACGUUAAAAAUAAGCACAGGUCAAAGAAAACAGUCUCCUGGUCAACUUGCAGUCAGUCGCUUACUGCUGCCAUCUACUUUCUCAGCUCAUAACCACUGUGUACAAAAAGUUUUUCUGUACUUUUGCCAUCAACUGUUAUUUUGUCUGUUAAGUAAUUUUUAAAAAUUGAAGUCCAUAAAAUCAAAUAUACGUACAUGAAAACCUGACAAGUUUAUAAAAAUCUUUAAAAAUGUCUCAACAGGAGCAUAAGGAGGAAGGGCCUCAGAACCGCGCAGGCACAGUUGUGCGCUGCAUCGCCAAGACGUCGUUCCCAAAGUAUACUCCAUCGCGCCUGGCCACUCCACCCUCGACCCUCCACCCAGCGGAAUACGACAUAUCCCUGGAAACCUACCAGGCACAAGCCGAGCGGUUGGCCGUAAGAGACCAGCUAAAACGGGAGUACUUGCUUCAGUACAAUGACCCUAACUGCCGACGGCUCAUUGAAGAUUCUGCGUUGAUUGGUUGGACCUAUGCAAGAUCAGCAAAUGUCUAUCCUAAUUUCACCCCUAAAAACUCACUCUUGGGAGUUUUGUGUGGAAUUCGGCACCUCUUCUUCUGGUAUUAUGUUUUCAAAACUGACAGGAAUAGGAAAGAAAAACUUAUUUAGGAUGGAAAACUGGAUCCAACAUUUAACAUCUCAUAUUAAAUCUGGCAAUGAUGACAAUGUGUAUUCUUGCUGAAAUAAAUCGUCUAUUAAUCAAACAAAAGUCUCAACAGGUUAAGAAUUUUAAGUAUUUUUCUUGCAUUCCAGAAAUUAUCAUCAAUAUUCACAUAUGCCUCUCAAAUCUAGCCAGAAGUACAAACCACUUCAAGAGGUGUUAGUGAUCUCGCACUGACUUGGACCAUCUGAUCUUUUCAUCAGCCUAAAUCCUAGAGGCACAUGUUGACAAUUCAUGGCACUCAUGUUUUCAGAAACGAACAGUAUAGAUGAUAAUUAAGACACACUUGACAAACAUGUAAGUUUCAGUCAUACAAUAGUCACCCUUUAUCCUCAGUUUCCCUUUCUGUGGUUUUAGUUACCCAUGGUCUACUGUAGUCCAAGUUAUUAAAUGGAAAGGACAAAAUUAUAGAAUAAGAUCCUUGGAUGGAACACAGCACUAAAAUCACUGAUGGAUUACAACCUCUACAGCCACACUUUGAUAAACUAAAAAGAAAGAGAUAAACUUCUAAUUAUGAUGUUCUUCUAAAAGGUUGUGGUGAAAAAACUUCAGCUAUCCAGGAUCCCUGACCAUUGACAUCAUCUGUUCCUGACAUCCAGCCAUUGACACCAAUGGUGUGAUGAUCCAGGAUCAUCCAAAGUAGAUGUCCCUCACAAAGUAUUGCCAGGAGGUCAUGAGUAGCCCAAUGCUACAUCACAAUGCUCACAUCACUCACUCCACGUCUUACCAUGUAGACAUUGUGUCAUCUUACAUCAUCGCAAGAAGGAUGAGUACAGUACAAUGAGAUAUUUUGAGAAAGAGACCAUAUUCACAUCACUUUUAUUACAGUAUAUUGCUAUUGUUCUAUUUUAUACUGUUGUUAAUAUCUUACUGUACCUAAUUUAUAAGUUAAAAUUUAUCCUAAGUAUAAAUAUCUAGAAUAUCCAGAAAAAAAGAGUAUAUAUAGGGUUUGGUAGUAGGUAAGCUUCAGGCAUCCACUGGAGGUCUUGGAACGUAUCCUCCACAGAUA